AGGGCAACCAGGUAGGUGAGGGCUUGUGGCUGAAAGGGUAGCAUGUGCUGGAACGUAAGACAGCGUCAAGUAUCGACGUUGAUUAUAAGAUGGCGACAAGUCUUGAUCACGACAUUUUACCGGUGGAAAGUUCAGCAGGCUUUUUUCGUCCCAAAUCAAAAAUGCGCACAUUGGCGUUGGUCGUUGCCGGGGUGAUCGUCCAUUUCGUAGGUGGAGCUCCAAUAUCUGAAGGCCAUUCGAAGGGUCGUCAAGGGCAGACGCUCUCCGGAGAUGGCCUAAGGGAUGUGCGUGGAUCAUAUACGAUAGCCUUGCCUGGCGGUCGCACUCGCACUGUCAAGUACAGUACGGGCGAAAGCAAUUUACAUGCAGCAGUGAUUACCAACGAGCUGGGUGCCGAAAGCACGAAUCCGCAAGACGUAGCCUUGCAAGCCUCCGCUGUAUCGGCUGCUGAGGCCGUCCUAAAAGGAGCAGCAACGUUUUUACGCAGCAUCACUUUUGGCCCUGACGCUGACGGCGUCUAUGUACAGAGGAGGGUUGCAACAGCGUAGCCCGUGAGCGAGUAAUUUAGAACAAAAUAGCUGAGAGAAGAAGUUCUUCUGCUGUUCAUGUCAAAGCUAGCUUCGUCAUAGUUCGUAUCACCGUGUAGGUAGGAAGGCGGGUUGUUUCAGUUUACCUGUCGCCUACUUUUGAAAUCGUGUUAAGCGUUCAUCUGCAGUGUAAAGUAUUCAAUUCUCUUCCGAAAUUUGGCGACCAAUCGUGUGGGCCUACAUAACCUAUGUAUGUCGAAAGUUCAAUGGCUUCUCGAAGUGGGUGUCUAAUGAAUGCUAGCUUCACUAAGCAUAACUGUGUUGUUUCACCCUGCAGACUUAAAUGGACAUACGCCUCUGGCUUGAAGAUCAUUAUUGAGUUUUCCCGUAUUGGUUUAAAAGGUCGUGGCAAUUAAAAAUAUCGAACUGAUUCUUAACGGCAAAGAGAGAAAAAUGUAUAGUUGUUCUCUCUAUUAUUCGUGUUCUCGUUUUUCUGUUACAUAAUAAAUUAUAAAAAUUGCUGCAA